AUGCAAUGUCUGGAGUUAAGGGAUCUCUUCACCGUAGCCCAAUUCAUAAAGGCCAGGUGUGAUCAUGGCUUGAAAGCUGGGCCCACGAAGGAUAAGAAUUAUGUUUUCUUUGAGGUGGAGAUACUGGAUCCCAAGAACAAGGCACAACUCUGCUACCUGGAUAAGGUGGAACCCAAUGCAACCAUUGCAGAGAUUAAGACGCUGUUGCACAGGAUUUACCCCAAGUUUUAUCCAUCAAGACAGGCGUUGAAGCUGCAUCCUGAGGGUAAGGCCCUCAAGGAUGAUGAUGUACUGGAAGAUCUACCGGUAGGGACAACCGCAACUAUGUUCUUCCACGACCUCGGCCCACAGUUAGGAUGGACUAUGGUAUUUCUAGCAGAGUGUCUUGGGCCACUUUUCAUUUAUCUACUGUUCUACUGUCGUAUUCCAUACAUCUACAGUCAUGAGUAUGAAUAUACCCGAAGUCCAUUUAAAGUUGUCAAGUUAGCUUGCUGGUGCCACUCUCUCCAUUACAUUAAGAGGAUUGGAGAAACUAUUUUUAUCCACCGCUUUUCAGACGGAACUUUACCUUUACGGACCAUCAUGCUGCUCUGUUUGUACUACUGGGGGUUUGCAGCAUGGCAGGCGUAUUACAUCAACCAUCCACUCUAUACACCACCAACCUAUGGGAGACUCCAAAUCUACUGUGCACUUGCAAUGUUUUUGGUUUGCGAGAUUGGAAACCUCUCAGUUCACCUGAUUCUGAAUCGAAUAAGCUGUAAUGGGUCCAGGCCAACAGAGAUCCCUUAUCCCACAAAUAAUCCCUUCACUUGGCUCUUUUUUUUCGUGUCCUGCCCAAACUACACAUAUGAGGUGGGAUCGUGGCUGAGCUUCACAGUCAUGACACAGUGUGUUCCAGUUGGAGUUUUCACAUUUUUGGGUUUCGUUCAGAUGACUAUAUGGGCUCGGACAAAGCAUAAAACCUAUACGCAGGAGGUCAAAGGCUAUCCAGAACUGAGAACGGCCAUCAUUCCACUCUUUCUGUAGAGCUAUUGAACAGAG